AUGUAUGGUGUUCUUGUGAUUGGUGCUCCGGGAGCCGGAAAAUCAACAUUCUGCGCUGGUCUUGGCGACAUUUUUCAACAACUUGAACGACCUUUUAUGACAAUUAAUUUGGAUCCGGCAAAUGAGACAAUGAAUUAUACACCAGACGUCAAUAUCACGGAGUUAAUCACCGUUGCCGAAGUGAUGGAUAGAUUGGGUCUCGGGCCGAACGGAGCCCUGAAAUACUGCAUUGAGACUCUAGUGGCCAACAGCGAUUGGCUUCUACAGAAAAUCAUGCAGAAUCGCAACAAAUAUUUCAUUAUCGAUUGCCCCGGACAAUUAGAAUUGUAUAAAAGCGAAGGAGAAUUAUGGAAAGUAAUUCGGCAUUUAGAAAAAGCUGGAGUGCGUUUAUGUGCUCUUCAUCUAGCCGAUUCUCUAUAUUGCAGUGAUCCGUCAAAAUUCAUCUCAGUCGCCCUUUCCACACUAGCAACCAUGGUCACAAUGGAAAUGCCGCAAGUAAAUUGCCUAUCGAAAGCUGAUUUAUUUUCCGCUGAAGGCACCUAUGACAUGGAUUAUUUCACCUACCUGCCCGACGUUAAUAAAUUACUAGAUUUGUUGAAUAAUGUUCCAGGACUUGAAAAAUACCGAAAAUUGAAUGAGGCGAUUUGCGGAGUGAUCAGUGAUUUCGACCUGGUUUCUUUUGUCCCAUUGGCGGUGGAAAGCAAAGAGUCAAUGGCGAAGGUGAUACGAUUGGUGGAUGCCGCCAAUGGAUUUGCGCUCACCGAACAAGGCGAUAUUCGGGAAUUAAUUCUGAAUCAGAAGUCAUAA